AUGUUGGUGAGAAACCGAAUAGUCAUCAUAAAAAGUGUGCGAAAAGCAUGUGAGGAUCUUAUGAAGAAGAAGCAGAAUAUUGAGUUUUCGUAUGCAAAAUAUAGUUCAAAAAAAGAAGUAGAUUAUCUUGUUCGUUUAAAAGCAUCAGUUGAGGCUGUCAAAUAUCUUGUUAGAGGCGGAUUGGCUUUUAGGGCACAUAAUGAGGGUGAAAAUUCUAUUUAUAAGGGUCAUUUCCUAGAAUUUGUAGAAGCCAUGGGAAGAAAUAAUGAGAAAAUAGAUGCAGUAAUAACAAGUGGUGGGGGAAAUUGUAAGAUGACUUCUCCUAUUAUUCAAAAAGAACUUGCAAAUGCAUUUGCGGUUGAAACUAUUAAGAAGAUAGUUGGAGAAAUUGGAGAUGGUUUCUUUUUUGUUCUUGUUGAUGAAUCUGGUGAUUGCUUUGGUAAAGAACAAAUGGCUGUUGUAGUGCGGUUUGUUGAUGUUAGAGGGUUUGUUGUAGAAAGAUUUAUCGGCAUUGUUCAUGUUGAGGAUAUAAGUGCAAUAUUGCUUAAAGGGGCUCUUGAAUGUUUGUUGUCGGGGUUUGGGUUAUGUAUAUCUAAAAUUCGAGGUCAAGGGUAUGAUGGAGCGAGUAAUAUGCAUGGUCAAUUUGGAGGUUUGAAGACUUUGAUUCAAAAGCAAAAUCCGCAAGCCUAUUAUGUCCAUUGUUUGUUCAUCAACUUCGAUUAG